AUGCCAGCCAGCGUUCAGCAGUCGUCCCGGUCCUGUGUUUGGAGUGGGAGAGGGGGUUCUCCGAAAUGUAAACCCAGACCUCCUCGCCUACAACAACCGAGCCUUUUUUCCUCCUGUCUGACACCCGGACAUGAUUUUGCCGCCAGCACUGUCGAAGCCGUUGCCGUCCCCAACGCAGCUGAGGAACUCCAGCCAGCGACCCGCAGUCGCUCCUGUCCUACCGUUACGCUCACCGCCGAUGCUUCAUCCGAACUAAAAAUAUACUACCAGAAUACCAACGGCCUCAGGACAAAAAUUGAUCAACUGUUUCUAUCAUCCACUGAGUUAGACUACGACGUGUACGUGUUCACGGAGACUAAUUUGAACGAUCGCAUUCAAUCUUGUCAGCUCUUCAACAACGAUUUUUGCGUUUAUCGUGUUGAUCGUUGUGCCUCUAACAGUCAGCGUCAAUCGGGCGGAGGCGUGCUCAUAGCCGUAAAGCGGUUAUAUGCGUCAUCUGUUGUCCAGCUCACGGCUGCCGAUAACAUUGAGCAUCUAUGGGUAAAAAUCGCCAUAGAGCCACUGCCACUUUUCAUUGGUGUUCUGUAUUUGCCACCAGAUAAAAGCCGAGACAUUAACUUUGUGAUGCUUCAUAUUGAUGCUGUCUCUGAAAUCAGCAGAAAGUUUAGCGAUAUAGGAAAACUCGUCUUGCUGGGUGACUUUUACCAACCGCGCCUAGCUUGGAAGAGUUCUGGUAGCGGGUAUGCCUUUGUUGAUCCUGUACAGUCACAGCUUUCCUUGGCCAGCCAAUCCCUUCUCGAUAAUAUGGCGUUCCUCAGACUACGGCAGCAUAAUUUAAUACGAAACAACUUAGACCGUGUUUUAGAUCUCGUAUUCUCCAGCGACUCCGUUAUAAAGGAUGGCGCCGUCUCUUUAGCUGUUGAGGAAGUUGUACCAAUUGAUCCUUAUCACCCACCUCUUUGCUUCACUGUUCUUUGUGAGCCUACUGUUUCUUUCCACCAAGAUAUCGAUCUAACUGAACGUGACUUUCGUCGUGGCGACUACGACACUCUAAACGAAUUGCUGUCCGAGGUUGAUUGGUCUGAGCACCUUCGCAUCCUGCGUCGACGGCGCUCCAACUUGCUGAAACAGUAUUGCCAGCAUAGAAGCUUGUAUGCGAAGCGACAAUUUGACGAGGCGAGUCGAACCUACCGGUACGUGAGGCGAAGAGAGGAGGAUCUCCGGCGAAACCCUAAACGUUUUUGGAGCUUUGUAAACUCGAAGCGUAAAGAGAAUGGUCUUCCUAUUCUGAUCCACCUAGGGCAUGUUAAUGCCGCUUCUACGGAAACCAAAUGUGCUCUUUUUUCUCAACAAUUUGCUAGCUUGUUUGAAAACCGGGUGCCCACUGCGGAGGAAAUAGACAUCGCUGUCAGUCUAGUUCCAAGAGACGUGAUAGAUUUCGACGUAUUUAAUAUUAACGCUACGAUGGUUGGAGCUGCAUUACAGAAACUGAAGCAGUCCUAUAAGCCAGGCCCCGAUGGUAUUCCCUCUUGCAUCUUCAAAAAGUGCAGCGCUUCUCUGACUGCUCCCCUCCAGGCGAUUUUCAAUAGAUCACUUCAACAUCAAGUAUUCCCAUCGGAAUGGAAGAUUUCCCAUAUGCUGCCGGUGCACAAGAAAGGCGAAAAGUCCGACAUCGCUAAUUAUCGUGGCAUAACCUCUUUAUCAGCUGGAUCAAAAUGCUUCGAGAUCAUCAUGAAAGAUAUGCUAUUCAGCUCUUGUAGGAGUUAUAUCAGCAUUGCUCAACAUGGAUUCUACCCUAAACGCUCCGUGGACACUAACCUGUGCGAGUUCACAUCAUUUUGUAUCGGUGCAACGGAUGGUGGAGCUCAGGUUGAUGCAGUAUACACCGACAUCAAAGCCGCAUUUGACACCCUGGCUUCGCUCAUACCUGAGCAACAGACAGCUCUUCUUAAAAAUUGGAUCAACAGUAUCUGA